AUGCUUAAAGUGAUUGUUCAUAAUGCCGAACGUGUUCCUAAUUUGGAACGUUUUUCAACUGUUGAUCCAAUGGUUGCAGUUAUUUUUCAAGGUAUUACGAAACAAACAAAUUGGCAACGAUCAACAUGUGAUCCAAAAUGGGAUGAGACACUUGAUUUUCCUCUUAACGGUAUUCCAAUAAAAAGUACAGAUGUAUUAGAAAUUCAUCUUAAAGAUUACGAAAAAAUUGGAACCAACAAACUUAUUGGUCAAGGUACAAUAUCAUUGAAUGAUGUUAUUCGAACUGGUAUCAUCAAACGACGCACUGUUCAGUUAACAAAUCCGCAAGGUGUUCGACUUGAAGCUACUAAAUUAUAUCUUACAAUUGAAUAUAGUCCACCGAAUAGUGUUAACAAUGAAAAAUUAAAUUCGAGAAACGGUUUAAAUCAAGUUGAUGACAUAUAUUUACAAAAUGGUGGUGAUAUGCCAUGGAAAGCCGAAUUAGGUAUUGACAAAACACUUUUAUUAAAAAAUAAACCACGAUCGACUAAACCACAAGAUUUUCAAAUACGAGUAAAAAUUUUUCAAGCUCGUCAAUUACAUGGAAGUAAUAUUCAUCCAGUAUGUCGUAUUAGAGUAAUUAAUUCAAUAAAACAAACUAAAAUUCAAAAAGGAACAAAUAAUCCAUAUUUUAAUGAAGUUUUCUUUUUCAAUGUAAAUAUGUCUCAAGCUAAUUUAUGUGAUGAAUUUAUUGAAUUUGAAGUUUGUAAUUCGAGAAUACUUCGAUCGGAUAUGAAAAUCGGAACAUUUAAAACUGAUAUUGCUUUUAUUUAUUCCCAAACAAAACAUUCAAUUAAUCGAAAAUGGUUAUUAUUAAGUAAUGAUAAUGAUCGAAUGACUGGUGCCAAAGGUUAUCUUAAAGUAUCUGUUAAUAUAUUAGGACCAGGAGAUGAAGCACCAUCACAAGAAAAUGCAGAUGAUCUUGAUGAUAUUGAAAGUAAUUUAUUAAAACCAGUUGGUCUUAUGCUUCGUCCAGUAACAUUUAUUCUAAAAGUUUAUAAAGCAGAAGAUUUACCACAAAUGGAUAGUUCGUUUUUUCAUGGUGUUAAAAAAAUCUUUCAUGGAACUGAAGAUAUUAAAGACUUAAUUGAUCCUUAUGUUACAUUUUCAUUUGCUGGACAACAAGUUUCGUCAAAAAUUAUUUAUACUUGUUCACAUCCAGAAUUUAAUCAAGAACUUCGACUUGGUCUUAAAUUUCCAUCAAUGUGUGAUAAAAUUACACUUACUGUUAUGGAUUGGGAUCGUUUACAAUUUGAUGAUAUAACUGGAUCAGCUUUAUUAGAUAUUAAUUCGAUAUGCGAUGAUCGAGAAAAUGGUUUUCUUCCAACAUUUGGUCCAUGUUGGGUUAAUUUAUAUGGUGCACCACGAGAAUAUUCAGAACUUCCAACUGCAUUAGAUGAAUUAAAUAGUGGCAAAAGUGAAGGUGUUGCAUAUCGUGGUCGAAUAUUUUUUGAAUUACAAACAAUUCUUGGUGAAAUUCCAAGUGAACCUCUUGGUGAAAUAUCAAAUUCAGAUUUAAUUCGUACAUUACCAUAUCAAUCAAGAAAAAAAUAUAAACUACAUGCUGCAUUUCUUGAUGCUUCUAUAUUAUUUGAACAUGAAUCAACAAUUGAAUUUGAAAUAAGUAUAGGAAAUUAUGGAAAUAAAUUUGAUAAUCUUAUUGGAUAUGCAAAUUGUUCAACAACACCACCAACAAAUCCUGUUUUUGAUGGAACAUCAUAUUAUUUUUUACCAUGGGGACAUACAAAACCGUGUGUACAAGUUACCAGUGAAUGGGAAGAUAUUACUUUUAGAUUAGAAGCUCUUAAUCAUUUAUCAAAUAUGAAAUUAUUUAUUAUUGAUCUCAUAUCAACAUUAAAUUUAUUAAAAAUAAAAAAAUCAUCUGAUGAAAUUCUUAUUCGACAUUAUAAACAAUCAAUCGAUACAAUUAUUUCAUAUUUAAAAAAGUCAUUACCUGAUUUUGACUUAUGUCGUUAUCAUUUAAAUGAACUUGAUCGAUUAAGACGCCAAAUGCGUGAAAAAGAUCUUUUCGAUAUUAUUUAUAAAUUAGAACAAUUAAAAUUACAUUCUAAAACAUCACAAGAUAUUUUUGAUACAUUAGAAGAUAUUCAAAGAAAUCUUGAAUUUCUUCAAUUUGAACCACAAAAUAGUAUUCCUGAUGUAAUUAUAUGGUUAUUAUCAAAUGGUAAACGUUAUGCUUAUUAUCGUUUACCAGCUAAUGAAGUAUUAUAUUCAACCAAUGUUGAUUAUCGUGGUCAUCUUUGUGGAAAACUUCAAACAAUAACAUUAAAAUGGCCUGGAAAAGAAAUAGAUAUUGACAAAGAUAAAAGAUUUUUCAUUCCAGCAGAAAUUCGAGUCAAAAUUUGGUUUGGUUUAGCCAUACAUGAACAAGAUUGGUUAUCACAACAAAACGGAGCUGAUUUAACUAUUUAUGCAGAAACAUAUGAAAAUCAAACAAAUGUACUUGGACAAUGGUCAACAACUGGACCAUUAAUGACCAGACCAGCAUGGUCAGAUGUUACAGGAAAUAUGAAUUUACUGAAACAAAAUUUUCAAGUACCUCCUGGUUGGCGAUGGGGUGGGGAUUGGUAUAUUAGUCCAGAAAUAAGUGCUCGAUAUGCAGAUGAUGCUGGUCAUAGAAAAUUUACUGAAGAAGUUUAUGAACAUCAGUAUCGUUUAAUUGCUGGAGCACAAUGGCAACCAAAAGCAAUUCAAUGGACUAAUUUAGUUGGUGAUAAAGUACUAAGUAAAAAUGAACGAACUGAAUCUCCACCUGGAUGGGAAUGGGAAGAUGAAUGGACUAUAGAUACUAAUCGAGCUGUAGAUGAAGAAGGUUUUNUUGUUGGUGAUAAAGUACUAAGUAAAAAUGAACGAACUGAAUCUCCACCUGGAUGGGAAUGGGAAGAUGAAUGGACUAUAGAUACUAAUCGAGCUGUAGAUGAAGAAGGUUUUGAAUAUUGUGUUAAUCAAACAGUUAGUGGUUGGUGUCCAGUUGAAAAAUUAUUUCAUUUAAAUCGUCGACGACGUUGGUAUAGAACACGAGUUAUUAAAAUAGAUUUAAAUAUAGAAGAGAAAAAAAAAAAAGAAAUAAAAAUUGAUUUUAAAAAUGAAGGAUGGGAAUAUGCUCCGAUGUUUAAUAUGAGAUUUCAUGCUGAUGAACGAAGUAUGGAUAUGACACGUCGAAGACGAUGGCAUAGAAAAAUGAUUUCCGAUCAAUUAUUAAAUAAUGAAAAUAUUAAUUCUAAUUCUAAUGGAGGAACUUUUAUUAAUACAGACAUUAUUUUUCGAAUGCAAUCACGAGUUUCUUUAGUUACAGAUUCAUCUUCAAAAGGUGAUCAACGAUCACCCGAUUUUAAAUCAGCAACAAAUAAAAAUAUUAAAAUUGAAUUAAGUGCACCAAGAAUGUUUCUUACUUUUAAAAGACCGUAUUACUAUGAACUUCGAUCAUAUAUAUAUCAAGCACGAAAUCUUCUUUCCAUGGAUUAUGAUAGUUUUUCAGAUCCAUAUGCACAAAUUGGUUUUAUUAAUCAAAGUCAACGUACGGAAGUUAUUCAAAAAACUUUAUGUCCAACGUGGGAUCAAACAUUGAUAUUUUCAAAUGUUGAACUUUAUGGUGAACCAAAUGAAAUUUAUCAUGAUCCUCCAUAUGUUCUAAUUGAAUUAUUUGAUAAAGAUGAAUAUGGACUUCCAGAUUUUCUUGGUCGUGUUCAAUGUUCACCUAUUGUUCGUUUAAUACCUGAUGAAAUAAAUCCAAUUAGUAAAUUAAAAUGGUUUCAAGUUAAAAGAGGAAAAGAUAAUGCAGGAGAAUUAUUAGCAGCAUUUGAACUUUUCUUAUUACCAGAAAUUGAUAACGAGAAGAAAAUGCCUCCAUAUCCAUCAAAACGUAGUUCUUUGUUUAUUGUACCGGACUUAAUUCGACCAGAACUUGUUCGAACUGGAAUUGAGAUUCUUUGUUGGGGUGUAAGAAAUAUGAAAUCAUUUAUGUUAUCGGAUAUUGAUUGUCCACAAGUAACGUUUGAAGUUGGUGGUCAACAAGUUGAAUCAACAAUUAUUAAAAAUGCAAAGAAAACACCAAAUUUUGAUAAACCAUUAUUAUUUCUUGAUGUUAUGUUACCAAAAGAUGAUUUAUAUGCACCAGCAAUGAAUAUUAAAGUAAAAGAUCAUCGAUCAUUUGGACGAAAACCUAUUGUUGGUUUUCAUAUUAUUAAAUCAUUGGAAUUAUUUCGAUGUGAUCCAACUGCACCUUCAUUAACACUUAUACAAGCAGCUAAAUGUAUACAAUCACAUACUAUAACAUCAACAAAUAAUUUUGUUAUUCCAAUGAGUAAAAAAAAGAAGAAAAAACAUCGAAAUGAACAUUCUCAUUCAUCUAAAGUUAAGAUUGUAUUAACUAACGAAACAUCUGAUUUUACAAACAAUGAAAUCGAAACGAAAAUCGUUGAUAAAAAAACAAUGAGAAAACGAGUGAAACAGUUUUUGAAGAAAUGUAAAUCUCCUGUAAUAAAACCAGAAUCGAAAUUAGAGAAAAUUCAAAAAGCUAUUUUGAAAGAUCAUCAACAACAUUAUCAAAGUGUACUCGUCAACCAAGUGACAAUUGUCGAAGAAGAUAUUGAUUGGUGGUCAAAAUAUUAUGCAUCGAAAGGUGAAUUCAAUAAAUGUGGUACUUAUAUACAAAAAGGAUAUGAAACUUUAACAAUUUAUUCUCAUCCACUUGAAUUAUACGAAUUUUAUGAAGGUUUUAAUGAUUUUUGUCGAACAUUUGAAUUAUCUCGUGGAAAAACAAAAUUUGAAGAAGAAAAUGAAAUACUCGGAGAAUUUAAAGGCUUUUUUAAAGUUUAUCCAUUACCUGAAAAUUCAAAUGAAUCAUUACCACGUCGAAUUAUGGAAAAUUUUCCAUCAAAUAAUUUAGAAGAAUGUUUAGUUCGUGUUUAUAUAAUUCGUGGUAUUGAUUUACAAGCAAAAGAUUCAAGUGGAAAAUCAGAUCCAUAUAUUGAAAUUCAAUUAGGAAAAAUAAAAAUUGAUAAUCGAGAUGAAAAAAUAUCAAAUACAAUAAAUCCUGUCUUUGGAAAAAUGUUUGAAAUCAAAACAAUAAUUCCAUUAGCUAAAGAUUUAAUAAUUCGUAUUAAAGAUUGGGAUUUAAUAACAUCAGAUGAUAUUAUUGGACAAACAACAAUUGAUUUAGAGAAUAGACUUUUAAGUAAAUAUAGAGCAACAUGUGGACUUCCAUUACACUAUAAUUUAACUGGAUCUAAUCAAUGGCGUGAUAAUAUUCUACCGAGAAAAAUUCUUUAUGAUGUUUGUAAACGAAAUAAUUUACCUUUACCAGAAUUACUUGAUGAUCAUUCAAUUAAAAUUGGUAAUACAACUUUUCGUUUGGAAGAUUUCGAACAAGAAAAAAAUCUAACAAUUCAUGUGGGUGAAGAAGAAGAACGUUUAGCAUUGUAUAUUUUACAUAAACUUCGUCUUUGUCCUGAACAUAUUGAAACGCGACCACUUUUUAAUUCAUUUCAACCAUUUAUUGAACAAGGUCGUUUAGAAUUAUUUGUUGAUAUUUUUCCAAAAUCUCAAGGUCCACCUGGACCCCCUUUUAUUAUCACACCAAGAAAAUCGAAACCUUAUGUUCUUCGUUGUAUAAUUUGGAAUACAAGUGAUGUAAUUUUACAAGAAACAUCAAUAACAGGAGAAAAAAUGUCUGAUAUUUAUGUAAAAGGAUGGUUGACUGGAAUAGAAGAUGAUUUACAAAAAACAGAUGUACAUUAUCGAUCAAUGGAUGGUGAAGGAAACUUUAAUUGGCGUUUUGUUUAUGAUUUUUCUUUUUUUCCUGCUGAACGAUGUAUAUCAAUUAAUAAAAAAGAAUAUUUUUGGAGUUAUGAUGCUACAGAAUUUAAAGUUCCACCUGUAUUAAAUCUUCAAAUAUGGGAUAAUGAUAAAUUUAGUCGAGAUGAUUUUCUUGGUGCAUUAACACUUGAUUUAAAUCGUUUAUAUAAACCAGCUAAAGAUUCUGAUGUUUGUACAUUGGACAUUGUGAAUGAUCAAUUAUCGAAUUAUGUUUCAAUUUUUGAAAUAAAACGUCUAAAAGGUUGGUGGCCUUGCAUUGAUCUUCAAAGUGGAAAGCCACAACUUACUGGUAAAAUUGAACUUGAAUUGGAAAUUUUAACAGAAAAAGAAGCAAUUGAAAGACCAGCAGGACGUGGUCGUGAACAACCAAAUCAACAUCCAAAAUUAGAACUACCACAACGUCCUGAAACAUCAUUUCUUUGGUUUACAUCUCCAUAUCUUACAUUUAAAAAUAUAAUAUGGAAAAAAUCGAAAUGGUAUCUUGUUAUUAUAUUUUUCUUAAUAUGUUUUAUUAUAUUCUUACUUUUAUUUCUUUGGUCAAUGCCUAAAGCAAUAUUAUCUCAUCUUUUACGUACAUUCAAAUAA